UUGUAUUCCUUGCGUGAACGUCCCGGACUAUUUGAGUGGGGGAAAAGCAGACGACUGAACCAGUUGUAGCCAGGUUUUCGCAGAGAGUAAAGCCAAACUAAGCUUCUUGUUUGGUCUGUUUUUAUAACAUUUCUGUAUUGUGUGCUGGGAUAUAUAUGUGAUAUGUGAUAAUUUUUCUGACUUCAACCAGAAUUCGUUUGAAAAAGGAUAAUUCAAUUAUUCAUUUCUAAUUUUGUUUGUUUCUUUUCCUUGUGUUUCAUAGUGAAUGGUUCAAAUUUAUUACUUUCAAAAUCAAACAGCUACUAAUUAACUAGUGUCAAAGUUAUUAACUGUGAAGCCUGAGUUAUUCACCCUAUUUCUUGGAGUAUAAACAUCUAGACUAAAGGAACAGAGGAAUAUUAAAGCCUAGAAAAAAGGUUUAACUCUCCGAGUCUCUUUCGUUGAAAGAGACGAGUGCUUCUAGGCGAACAACAUUAUUUGUUUCGUAUUGUUCCCGUCGACAGCCAUGUCUUUCCUGAUCCCAUUUUUGCUUGUAUUUGGAUUUCUUUGCCAGACCAGAGCUCAAGAAAUAGCGUCCUCUGAGGUCAUUGUAAGUCCGGCACCAAAUGUUACAGACGAGUCCAAGUACUGCGGCAACACGCCUGCUGACGUAGCCUUUAUGGUAGACAGUUCCAACUCUAUGUGGGCACCUGACUUUAAGCAGCAGCUGGAGUUUGUAAGGAACGUUACAAAAAUGUUUCAAAUUGGUGAGAAUUUAACUCAGGUUGGCAUGGCAACAUUCGGAGAACGAGUGUGGUUCCAGUUUGGAUUUAACAUGUACAAGGAUAAAAGGUCCAUACUGAGGGCUAUAAGAGAGACCGAACAAAACCAUGGAAUCAGUACGGCCACAGACAAGGCCAUCGAGUUCCUGCGCAGGCACAUGUUCCACAGAAGGUUUGGCUCCAGGCCCAAUGUUCCCCACGUGGCCAUCAUCGUGACCGAUGGCCAAAGCGACAAUAUACUAAAGACCAUGAUUGAAGCCAACAAAGCCAAACGAGAAAACAUGACCAUCUUUACCAUCGGCAUCGGACAGAAUGUGAACGCCGAUGAACUGAGACGUAUGUCCAGCGCACCCCACCAUGAACACGCCUUCCUUGUCCAGAAUUACAACUUCCUGGACUCUAUCAAGAACAAGUUGGCAAUAAAAGCCUGCACAGUGACAACCUCAACGACUACGACGACAACCACAACCACAACUACGACCAAGAAGCCAACCACAACCUCCACGACAACCACCACGACCACGCUGCCUACGACAACAACCACCACGACCACGGAGCCAACCACCACAACCACAACGACCACAACGACGACCACACCAACAACAACAACCACACAGUCGACCACAAGCACCACACCCAUGUCGACCACAACAACGUGGAUGGACGUUGUCCGAAAUGUAUGUGAGAACAAGCCUGUGGACAUUGUCUUCGCCCUGGACUCUUCGGACGUGGUCACUUCCAGGGACUUCUGGCACCAAGUGAAAUUUGUUCGCGACUUCACUUUGACUUUGGAUAUCGGCACGAAUAGAACGAGGAUAGGCGUACUGCUCUUUAGCGAUAAGGUUGUCCAUGUCUUUGACGUCAAUGACCACAACAGUCUGUCGUCUGCUCUCUCUGACCUCUACAAGAUGCAAAGGACCACCGGAGGGACCAGGCUGGAGGAGCUGAUACGAUACGCCAGACUUAAGAGCUUCAGGCGUACCGUGGCCAGACAAAGCGUUGCCCAGCUUGUCGUGCUCAUUACUGCCAGUGCUUCCAAAGAUCUGCACAAAGUUAAGACUGAGGCAAUCAAAGCCAAGAAGAAUGGCAUCACUUUCUUAGCCGUGGGGGUAGGGAAGCACUACAAUCAGGAGGAGCUGGAAGUUGUCGUUCAACAUGGUGACCGCAGUGACAUGGACAAUGACCUAGACAGUUUCUCCCCCUACCUUGACAAUGUUGGCUCCAGACGUAGACAGAUCUUUACUGUGGACUCUUUCCCUGAUCUUCAGAGCAUUGUGAUGGAAGCAGCUAUGGAGGCUUGCACAACGGAGAUUGCCCACAUCUCAGUAGCUGAUCAAGCGUGUGGCACAAGGCAGGAAGCUGACAUGGUGUUUGUGAUGGACAGCGAGAGCGCUGGGCGGAAGAACACUUUGAAAUCUCUAGACUUUGUCAAGAAAGUCGCCAACUCGGUAGAUGUCGGGAAUGACACCAUUCAAAUCGGGAUGCUCCAACCAGACGAAUGUAUCCCUCCGCCGGAAUCUUUCAAGUUAGAUAAUGAUAAGGACCACUUGACGUCUGCUCUAGAAACACAGGAUGUGGACAAAUUACCUGGCUUGAUACGUGAGCUGAGGAGGCACGAGUUUAACCGCAAGAAUGGGGGAAGAAAAGACGCCAAAAAGGUAGCAAUUAUUCUUGUUGAUGGUGAACUGGCGGAGCCUCUCAAGGCUUUGAAAGAAGCAAGACGCGCUCAGCUGAAGGGGAUAGAGGUGUUUAUUAUAGUGGUGAGCAAGGAUCCGCCCCAGCCGGAGGUGAGAGACAUGUGUGCCUACCCUCCCCAGCAACACCUCUUCCAGGUGCCGGACUACGAUGGUCUGAGGUCGAUAGAGGACAAUCUCAUUGAGAUGUUGUGUGACGAGUUGUAGUUUGUGCUGUCCAUUUUGCGAGGCAUUCGAGAUUGCUAAGUCAUGGAUGUUUGCACAACCUUCAUCAUCAUUAUCAUUCCCGGUUGCUGCGGAUGUGAAAGAAAGAGUGAUUCAACUGUUUUAGUACAGUGCUGCUAUCAAGUUUGACAAAUUUAUACUAUUUAACAUGCUGAAUGCUAGUUGGAGUAAUAGAAUGUUAGCCCGAAUUAAUAGGAAUUAAUUUUAAUUUUGACAUAAACACAGUUCCUACAGUUUAAAAGAAAUAUGUUUAUAAUACUUUUAAAUAAUAAUAAAUACAGUUAUAAAAUUGGUAUUAUUUAUUUUUCCCAAUUAUUGGCACUUUAGGUUUUAUUACUUAUACAAUUUCAUUGAAAUAAAAACAAUUUUUUUUAAAUACUGACUUAAACCUAUAAUGACUCUAUCAGGUCGUUUUGAUCACCUAACAAAAGACAGGCUCUAGUCUAGAAGGUUGUAAUUAAAUUCAGAAGUAUUGCAAGCUAUUAUUGGGGGUGGGGGGGGGGGGGUGGGGGAAUCUAUACACACUGACUUCACUACCUUCAAAAAGUAAGCGUAGAUAUUCAAUGCGACAUGGUUUUAUACGUCUGACCCAAAAGUCAUAAAGAUCAUACUUACCUUUGUUGCACUUAAACUCGAAUAGAUUUUUGUGUUCUUCUUUCCUAUCUAAGUGUCAGCAGCCACUAUAUAAUUCUGUUUUAGAUGAUUGUUAUGUUUUCAAUUUUUCUUUUUAACCAUCACAUGCCAGGAAUGUAGAGAAAUUUCGGAUAGCAAAUUUGGAGGGGGGGGGGGAGUAGGAAUUAGGUGGAAAAGUUAAGCUCUAAGAGCUAAGAAAGAAAUAAAAUGUCAUCGGAAAAGCUUAAUUCCUUUUAUUGUUCUGAAUCUGGAAGGCUUGCAAUGUACACAGACACUGGCACACAAAAUCAAAACUCCUUGAAGCCAAGUGAGAUUUUGGCAGUAUUCCUAGAAGAUACUAAGAACAAGUACUUCUUAACACUGUAUACUAAGAACAAGUACUUCUUAACACUGUAUACUAAGAACAAGUACUUCUUAACACUGUAUACUAAGAACAAGUACUUCUUAACACUGUAUACUAAGAACAAGUACUUCUUAACACUGUAUACUAAGAACAAGUACUUCUUAACACUGUAUACUAAGAACAAGUACUUCUUAACACUGUAUACUAAGAACAAGUACUUCUUAACACUGUAUACUAAGAACAAGUACUUCUUAACACUGUAUACUAAGAACAAGUACUUCUUAACACUGUAUACUAAGUACAAGUACUUCUUAACACUGUAUACUAAGAACAAGUACUUCUUAACACUGUAUCUUCAACAAGGGAGAAAUUGAUUGAAACAUUCAAGCCAAUAGGUUUUAAUAAAUAAAUAAUACAAAAAUUUAGCGACAGGAUAGAAAAACGCGUUUUGGUCUUAUGGUGGCUGGCCUGUAGCUCUUGUCUUAUGGUGGGUGAUCUGUAGCCUUUGUCUUAUGGUGGCUGACCUGUAGCCUUUGUUUCAUGGUGACUUGUGGCUCUGUGGUAUGUGUUCCUAGGAUUUCACGAAAUCCUUCCUACGAGUUACACUACCAGGACAAAGGAUAAAGAAACCAUAGUUGAUCAACUUGGACAGGUUUAGGUAGUCACUCUUGAGGAGUGUAGACUGCCGUUAGAAAAGCUCUUUGGAUGAAAAGGUUAAACUCCCAUUCCAGUGCACAAUUCAAGGUUAAGGCUAGGGUUAGGGUUAGACCAGUCAAAGACAUUGAAUCUAUAAAGGAUAAAAGAAACACUUACUUUUCUUAAACGUAUGGGCCCAGCUGUUUAGAUCUCUGAUUAUUGACAUUCUCAUUGAGUGUUCAGAGACAACUUUUUCAUAAAUUUAAAGGAUGUUAAAAGUCAUUUACAUCAACUUUUGGAGAGUCGAUAAACUGUCUACAAAUAUUUAAUAUUAUCCUAAACGAUGUCAGAGAAUGCCCUUACCUGUUGUUUGUUUAAGCAGAAAUUCGAUAUACGCCUGGAAUACUAUGAAUGACUGUGUACAAUGUUGUAACAAUAAUUUGCUUGUACAUCAUAUUUAAUGAUUUAUCAAUGUAAUCUUAUUUCCUUUCAUCAAGAAAUCAUUAUCUAUUUUCUGUUUAACCUUGUCAUUGUAAUGUACAUUUCAAUACAUGUCCUAUUUAUUUGUACUAUAACCAUGUAAUGAAUAAGGAAGAGGUGAUACAUAAUGGAUACAAACUAGAACGGCUACUCUCAUGCCUUUAUACUGUUGUACAGUCCCCUUAUUGUAAUGACUUUGUAUAGCCUGACAUUAACUGCUUGGUUGAUUGCAUAGCCAACUUAGUUUUAGAUCACGUGAUUGAUGCUCUGGCCAUGCCGUGUCAAAUUGAGUGGAGCCUGCAGGAGGGGGGGGGGGGGGAGACGAUAUAAACAUAGUACCAGUGUUGGAAAUAUCUAUAUCUUAGUUUAACCAUAGACAGUGUCUUGAAGAUAUCUUAGCUCUAUCAUAGACAGUUUCUUGAAGAUAUCUUAGUUUAACCAUAGACAGUGUCUUGAAGACAACUUAGUUUAACCAUAGACAGUGUCUUGAAGACAACUUAGUUUAACCAUAGACAGUUUCUUGAAGACAACUUAGUUUAACCAUAGACAGUGUCUUGAAGACAACUUAGUUUAACCAUAGACAGUGUCUUGAAGACAACUUAGUUUAACCAUAGACAGUGUCUUGAAGACAACUUAGUUUAACCAUAGACACUUCCUGCUACUAUUAAAAAAAUAAUAUUCAUUAAGGUGUACAUUUUUUUCAAGACGAUUGCUUACAUCCAAUCGUAGACUAUCUAAUAUAUGAACUUCAUCUUCUAAAUGUCUGAGAAUAGCGUUUUGUUGCAAUGUUCAAUCGAUCACACUCUAUGACUAGUUUCAAUAACUAUCCAUCUAUUGUGAAUCCAUGGUGUCUUUAAUAAAUUAUCCUGUUUUGGUUUUGUGUCUUGAUUUUUGUGUCAUCAAUCAUCUUAUAUUCAUAUGUAUUGCGUAACAAAGAUUUGUAUGAAGUGUACCCCUUGUAAGUCAUAGCGAAUAGUUUUCCAUCCCUUUUGUUUGAUCUCAGAAACUUGGAAACUCCCUAUGUCUUGGCUGCACAUUUAUGUACACAAUUAGAUCUGGAUGUAUGUUAACUUGAAGAGGAUCCCCUCUUUAGACCUCUAGGGCUUAGUCUUGUAAGGUGGAGACUGGGAAACGGGGGUGAGGAAAUGUUACAUAUGAAGUGAACUAGGCAGUUGCCUGUGGCCUCCAACUGGUAGGGGCCUCCAACUGGUUGGGGCCUCCUACUGGUAGGGGCCCCUCUAACUGGUAGGGGCCCCUCUAACUACUAGGGGCCUCGCACAAGACUCAAAACAACGUUUUUAGAGAAGAAAUGGUGAAACUUGUGCUCAAUGCUAUUGUUAGAGUACUCUAGGUUUUAAAUAAAUUGCGCAAAAUAUAGUAAUUUUCCCCCCUAUUGCAUUGGGGGCUACUGAAUUCACUUCGCCUAGGGCCGGCCCUGAAUUUCUAGUGUGUUGAUGUAGAAGUUUGAAAGUUAUUUGACAUGGCUGGCUCGGGAUAAUCACAGCUGUUUUCACGAAGGUGCUUUAUCAUGUGACUUGUGUGGGAUCAAAGUGCAAUACUGUCUGCUGUGCCAUGGAUGUGUUGGACCCGUGAAUGUUAAAAAAAAUUUUCCUUUUUCUUUUUAAAACAAAAUAAUUCUUUCAAACUCUGACCAGAUUUUAUUUUUACAUUUGUACAAAUAUCUUCCCGGCAUUCUUUAAAGUGUUCAUACUAAUGAGAAAUUCGCAAUCAGAUUUGAAAUAAAAUCAAAAACUUUAUAGAAGUGAUUCGGAUGCGCUAAUUUUGAAACAGAGAGAGAGAGAGAGAGAGAGAGAGUGAGAGAUAAAGAAAAUUUGGAAAAUUUGAAAGCGCGAAAUGAAGACGACAAUACAGGAAACAAUUCAGAUGAACAUGGAAUGAUGAGUAAUAAUUUGUUCAUUUGUAAUCUAAAAAACAAAUGGGCCUUUUGUAUUUGGCUAUUUUAUUUGAUUUUAUUUUGUAUUAUUAUUUUAAUUCAUACAUUUAUAUUGGAUUUCUUCUCUAUUGAUGUAUUGUUAAACCAGGCACUAGCCAAAGGGAGACUAUCAUUAAAAUAGGUUAGUGCCCCUGUCUACUGUUGUGCUAUGAUUCUGAAUGACAAUGUCACGAAUUGAAUGCAGUUAUUUUUUCCGAUUGUCAUUUUCUUUUGCUAUGCUCAAAUUCAUGUCUGCUGUACAUAUUACUAGUUCUGUAUUUUAAUUGCUCCUGAAAGAUUAUUUGUCUUUGUCAAAUGCAUAAUAUCAACAUACUGUCACGUUUCUCGUUAAAUCCAUAUUGUUCUCUCCCCCUUGAAGUACUGAUCUAAUAUUAGAUCUAACCUCAAUACAUUUAUGCUUCUUUACAAAAAUUGUAUACUAUGCUUGGUAUUUUUUUUUUUUAAUUUUUGUAUACUGGCGAAGACUAAACAAAGCUUUGGAUAAUAUUAAAUGUUUUAAUUAUUUUAUAUUAAUAUCUACAUAUGAAUGAUUUAUUGUGGAUGGUGUAAUGAGAUUUUUUUUUUCGUUGGUUUUAUUUAUCACUAAAAAUAAUUAUCACACUAGAAACCACACAAUGGACAAACAGUUAUGUUAGGCCUACAGUCUAGAAAUGAAUAUUAAUAUUUACCCAUCGUUAUAUUAAAUAUAUUAAAUGAUUAAUCUUUUUUUUUCAAAUAGCAAUAUAAGCUUUACAUAGGCUAAUGUAUAUUUAAUUAAUCUUCUGUAGUUCAAUUUUCAAUAGAAAUAAACAUAUUUCAAAUAUCUGUUCCUCUCAAUUCAAUCUUGAGAAACAAAUGAAAUCUAAAAUAGAAAAAAUGACUUAAAAAGAAAUAACAUUAAAUCCAAGGGUAAACUCUUCCUUUAUAGCCAUAUCUCUUAAUGCUGUAAGAUUUAUUUUGUUCUAAAAAUACGUAAUUACUUACCAUAAUUAAUUUAACUAAUUGGUUAACAAUGAAUAAUUAUGCUAAAUUUCAACUAGUACUAAGAAUGGAGAUUAAUGAGCUACUGUAUUUUCCACUCAGAAGAAAACAAUUCAAAGUGUUGUUAAAACUUUCAUUUUAUGUUCUAGAUUAGGUGAAUCAAUGUAUGAAUGAAUACAUCAAAGUUUAAUAAAGAACUCUAGGUUGUUUUAAAAAUCAAAUUACAAAGAAAUGAGUACCUAAUUUUAUGCUAGCCCUAAUUCCUAUUAUAAAUAUUUUAAACACAUUUGAGCUUAUUCUAAUCAAACUUUGAGUUAAAUACACAAAGAAACGAAUAACAGAUAUUUCAAAAUAAUUGACUGAAUCCAGGAGUUUUAUUUAUUGUGAGGUAAAACUUAGUUUCAUUCUAAGCUUUUGAAAAUAAGUUACAAAUAUAAUUAAUUAAAAAUAUGUGAGCUAUAGGCCCUACUUUCUCAUUCUUUUAAAAUAUCACUUAAUCCAGCUUGUUUCUGCAUAUAAAAAACCCAAACCAAACAUCUAUCCCAGUGUGUAUGUAAAUAGAUCUUAAUAUUCUUGUUUAAUGUUUUAUGUAUAUUUUUUUCAACCGGUUCUCAGCUCUAGUUUAUUAUGUACGUUUCUGGGUCACACUUGUUACAUUCUCUUUAAGCAGGGGCGUUUCACCUGGUGAUGUUUUGACUGUUUCUAAUGUUGUACAUCUACAUACUUCUAGUUUUGUGAUCAAAUUAUUAUCAAUGCUAUUUCUAAUGUGUACUAAACGCUACUUCGUGUGUGAAUAUUUAUAUAUAAAGUUUAUCACAUUAUUCUUCUAAAUGUAUCAUGUAAUUUAAGCCUUUUAUUUUAUUGCAAAAUAUAAAUUAAAAAAAAAAAUUUUUUUUUCGUUGAAAUGUGUAUACACAAAUAUUCUGUUUCUUGAAUGACUUAAAUGUUCGACUUCUAGGAUUAGAAAACAAAUAACUCACGUAAAGUAGAUAAUUAAAAAGUAUGCACAUCAAUUAAACUGAGUGUCCAGGGUUCGAAUCCUGGUGAAGACUGGGCUUAUUAAGGGAUCUUUGGGUGCCUGAAGUCAACCAAGCUCUAAUGGGUCCUGACAUUAGUUGGAGAAAAGAUAAGAUGGGUGGUCGUUGUGCUGGCCACAUGACACCCUCGUUGACCUUGGGCCACAGAAAUAUCAUUUUUAUAUCAUCUGCCCUAGAGAUCGCAUGGUCUGAAAGGGGAACUUUACUUUUACUACAGGAAUUCAAAACGAACAUUUGCAAAAUUGCAAACUAGAGAGUCAUGUGACUUCAGUCUAUUGGCCUCUGGGUCAUUGGAAUAAACGUAACAUUUAACUUAUUUUAUAUCUUUUAUCAAUGUAUACAUAACAGCAAAGUAAGGAGAAAAAUUCACUACAUAUUAAAAAAAAGGAUUCAGAAACCUUCAGAAAUGUAAAAAAGAUUCGAAUACAUGUAGAAACAUUUAGAAACACUUCAUUUUCAGAAAGCUUUUGAAGCAUAAAAAAGCGUAAAGAAAAGUUAUGAAGCAUUCAGAAAUAUUACAUACUGAAACGUUCAAUAAAAUUCCAAAACAUUCAACAAAAAAAAGAAACAUUUAAGAAUUGUGAGAAACAUUCAGAAACUUUUACCGAGAUCCCGAAGUUUCCAGAAACAUUUAGAAGCAUUUAGAAGCAUUCACAAUUACAUUUAAAUUAAACCAACAAAGUUACCUGUAGUAUUUGUAAGCUUUAAGAAAUAGCUUAAAGGAAUCUCCAUUGUUGGAAAAAAAAACUAAAUCAGUAAAUAAGAAACAUUUAAACUAUUGUAAGUUUUAUCCCCAUAAUUUGUGAAUAAAUAGAAUAUAAUAAUUUUUUAGAUUGAUGGUCAUCACAGUAUUUCUUAUAGCUGUAAGAUAUCUUGAACUGGGCCAUCAUGUAACAAUAACAACUCUUUCUAAAUGGUUAAAAAAUAUUACGUCCGCUUAUUGAAUUGAAUGCUUUUAUCUAAGCUUGACUGUUACGUGAACUUAAAUAAUCAUUGUUUAAGUGUCUGCCUACCCUAACCCUGUUUUGGACAACGCACAGCAAUUUUCUUUAGAGUAAACAAAAGUAAUAUGAAUGUUUUAUUUUACAACUAAAUGAAACUUUGUUAAGAAUGAAACAAUAAAAGUUUACGCCUCUAUGGCAUUCAAUCA